AUGUAUAAAGUUUUUUUUUCAACCCUUGAUGAUAUAAAUUAUAAAAUAAGUGAUGAAGUAAAGGAUGUAGAACAGGAAAAGAAGGAAGAUGAAAAAAGGGAAAAUGGUUUUACAAAUUCUGGAAAAAAUGAGCAAAGUAAAAUCGAUAAAAUAAUAAAAAAUAUAAAAAUGAAUGUAGAAAAUUAUGGUAAUCUAAAAAAUGAAGAUUGUGGAAAUGAUAUUUUAACUAGCGAAAUUUACAAAAAAAUUGUUCAGGAACAUAAGUUAUAUAAAAAAAAUAAGGAUAGUGAUGGCAAAAAAAAGAUAAAAAAUAAUUUUCCCUAUGAUAAAAAAAUGAAGGAAAGGGGAGAAAAUAAUGAGAUAAAUUCAAAAAGUGAGGAAAAUGACUACAUUGAAAGUCAAACAAAUUUUAAUAAAAAUAUUGACAACGAAAAAAAAAUACACACAAAAAAAAACACUAGCUUAAUGGUAGGAGAAAAAAUGUCUUCUCUAAGUAUAAGCCAAAAUGAACAUAACUCUAAUAGCAGUAAAAGCAGAACUAUUGUUGAAUAUACAAAAGAUAAGAACAUAAAUAAUAUCUUAUUAUAUAAUAAAAAAAAAAACAAUUUAACUAUACAUGAAAAAAAGAAUGAUCACUUUUUUAAAAUAUUUUUUUCAUCAAAAAAAGUAAAAAUAAUUAAAUCACAAAACCAUCCAAUUUUUAUACAUUUAUAUAAGCUAGCCACAAAUCAAAAAUAUAGAGAAGAACAAGAAAAAAUAUUAUUAACAAAUAAAAAAAUUAUAAUGGAAAGACAACAAAAUCAUAUUACAAGAAUAUAUACAAAUAGUAUUGAUAAUUUAAAAGAUUUUAUUUCUUAUGAUAAUUUUAUAUUAUUAUCAAAUAAACUUUUAAAAAAACUCGCAUUCUUAUAUUCAUUUAAAAAUGGUGUAUUAGCAGAGGUAAUGCAUAAAUUUUAUUAUGACGAUGUAGGUUUACCCCAUUUGGCUUUAUGCUUUUAUAACAUUAAUUGUACAGGUGAUAAAAAAAAAAACACACACAAACAUUUAUUUCCAAAUUAUCAGACUGAACAAAGUGGCAAAAUUGAUCAUGAACAUUUUUUUCAUAACAGUAAUAAAACUAAAAUAGUAGAAAACACACAUGCACCAUCCCAUGAUAGCAUGACAAACAAUUUAAUAAAUUAUAAACCUUCAAAGGACUCUCAUUUAUAUUUAGACAAUAAUUCAUGUUAUGACGAUAUAGAAUAUUUAUGUAAUGGUGAUAUAGGAACAAUAAUAAGAAGCUGUUUUUUGUUAAAAUGGCAAUGCAUAUUUAAUAUUAACGAUAUAAAAAUAGCUAGCAAUAAAAAAAAAAAAAAAAUUGAAAAUGAAAAAAUGGAUGAAAUAACAGACAAUGAAAUAAAAAAAUGUCUUUCUGAUAAAUAUUCAAAUAUGUACAAUAUUUAUAAUAUUGAUUUUUUUCAUCCUUUUACUAUACGUGCAUCAUCAGGCUAUUUAUUAGAUAUACCAUAUAAAAAUACAAAUUUAUAUGAACUACAUAAAUAUGCUAAACAAAGAAAAAUAUUGCUAUUAAAAUAUAAUAGCCAAAGUGAGUUAUAUAUUAAUUAUAAAAAAAAAAAUUCUGAACAAGACAUAACUUUUUUAAAUUUAAUAAGCAAAGCAAAAGGUGUUUUUCUCAUAAUGGAUAAUUGUAAUAAUAUAGAAAAAAUGUAUACAUCAUCAGUUACCAAAACUGGUAUUAACAUUUCUAGGAGUUAUUUUGAAGAGACUGAAAUAAAUGGGGAAACUUUCAAAGGGAAUUCUCAAAAUAAUACCCCUGAAAAUAAUGAUGAUACUAUUUUUGACAACAUUUAUUAUGUCAACCUGUUAAAUAAUAAUAAUGUGGAUAAGCCACUAGAACUGACUUCAGCAUAUACAAUUUUUAUGUAUAUUUUAAAAACAAAUUUUUUCAAGCACGUUCCUCAAUCGAGUUAUGUGUGCAUGCAAUAG